AUUUUUUAGCAAAAUCCAUCUCUUAAAUCCUUCUCCUUUCCAAUUUCUGUGUGCAUAUAAGAUGCACUCAGGCUCUGAUUAGCUUUUCUCUCCAUAACCAUGGAAUAUCAGUGUCCUUUUAGAGCAUAAUUCGCCCAUUUCUCUCCCUUCCGCUCUAAUGAAUUACUAAUUUAAAGUGACUUAAUAUCUAUUCUCUAUUCCCCUUGGCUUUGCAUAUUUUAAUUAUGCCUGUUCCUAAUCCUCAUUUUCCCAGAGCAGAUUUAAAUUAUAGAAAUUACCCCCUCAAUAACUGUAUUUGAUAGCUCAGUUAUUGAAGCUAAAUAGUCACUUUUGCCAAGCAUGCUAUUUUUUAUGGUGAGGUUUUUUUAUAAUACCAUGUGUUCACACCUUUGUUUCGUUCCACUGGCUUUUACCUACAAACCAAUUAUCUGCUGCAUGAAAUGACAUCUCUGCAAACUUUUUUUUUAAUUACUGCUAAGUCAAUCCUUGAAGAUUUUAGUGAUAUUUUGCAGAAAUAUCUUUUCAGUUGUACAUUGGAGUACCAAUCACAGAUCAGGAUAGUGGGAUCACUGGGAGAUAUCCUGCUUGUCUCUGCUCUGCCUCCCACCUUUGUGUUCUUGGUGUCCACCUCACAGUGCCUUACUGAGGAUUGUUCUAGUUCAAUCAUAAUGGUGAUAAAUGCCCUUAGCAAAUUGAUUUUUCUGUCAAAACCCUCAGGCUUUGAUAUUCUCCCUCACUCAAGCAAUUACUGCAUUCAGAGGCAAAUCCAAUAAAAUAUUUUUUCCCUAUUUCUUAGAUGGGAGAGCUUUUCUGUUAAUUUAUAUAAUUAUUUUGGCUAGUUUUAGCAUUUCAUAGGUUUCCAAUGAGUCUGAAUUCAGCCCUGCCAAGUGCAGAGACCUGCCAUGCUGUGUGGUGCUGAUUGUCAGUAGCAAUUUGGGGAAGCUCAACAUGACUGGGAAUUUAGCCCAUAAUUCAUCCAGGGGCUCUGUUCACUUUGGUUGCUGCUGAAAUGCAGUCCCUUCUGGGCUGAGAUGUGAUAACCAUUAUCAAAAUGAUGAUCUGAGGAGCCCAGCACUGUAAUGACUGAGGAGGGGGAAGGGGUAGUAUGCUGAUUAAACCAGCAAGCAAAGUGCUGUUAAUCCCUCUUGGAAUAUGGCUUAAACCUUUUCCCUAGUGGGGGAAAGAUGAUUUUUAAUUACGUAAAAUUAGAAUUUCAAAUCUCCUUGGAAAAAAGAGUCUGUCAGAUGUGGAAACUUACUCUGGACUGGCUGAGCAGAGGUGCCUUUUGGCCAUCCCAGUUGUGUUCAGAGCCUGGGUCUGAGCACACACAUGGGGUGUGUGGGCGGGGGUUCUUCUCCAGCUGCUGAUGCUGUGCGGUUUUAUUGAAAUGUUCUUACAUUGUAUUAAAUAUGUGCCAGGCCUUUUGCAGACAUGAAGCCUCCCAUGUGUCACACUUCAGGACACAGAUGGCAGAGCAAGGCCUUGGUCCCCAGCUGGUGUGAUGGAGUCCGCCUUGGAGGCUGAUGGCUCUGUCAUGUGUUGUUUGUGUUGAAUGAGUUGUGCCUGAGUGCACUGCUGAGCACAGGCUCUCUAAUAGGAACAGACUGACAGGGACACAAUUUUCUAGUCAGGGCUACCUUCUGCAGCCAUCCCUCCCAUUGCCCUUAUAGAGUAUCCAGGAAAGGCAGCUGAGCUCAGUCUCUUGUCCUCUCCAGGGUGUAGGAGAACUGUGCAGCAAAGCUGGGUGUCCAGGAGGAGAGCAGUCCAGCAAAUGGGCAAGAGAUAGGGACAGGCCCAGGGUGGGGGCUGAAGAGAAAGAAGACAGGGCUAAAAACAGACUGGGGGAAUAGAAGCAGGAGAAAAAAAUCAAAGGGACAUUGACUACAGCAAGUCCACAUGUGGUCGAAAAGAAACAGUUUGCCGAAAUUGAAUGUUUGUCACCAGAGGAACAUUUACACACCAGCACUUCUGCAAUGAGAGGGCAUUGUCUGCAAAGGAAACAACAGCUGACCCCAGAGCUUGUGAACUGUGUUACGUUUUUGUGCACAUUCUCAGUUCUCAACCAGCACCUCUGGCCAUGGGGCAUGAGCAUGGUUUUUGGGAUCUGCUUCCCAAGGGCCUGUACUGUUGCCCUUCUGUUUUAGAGCCAGAGCAGCUCAAAUGAUCUUCAAGCAUGUUCCAGUGUAGGCAGCUCCAGCUGGUGCUGGCUGGUGUUACACCCUGAAGCUGGAGCCUUCAUUCAUUGUGGCCGUUGUGACCCCUCACAGCAACAACACUGCUUCCUCAGAACACUUCAUUUCCAGUUGCUCCAAGGCAGUAUAAAUUGCUGCCAUGUAGCAGUCAAUGAUAUUAGACCAAUAUAUGCACCUCACUGCUCUGUGGUUUGUGUCAGUGAGGUUCUGCUGUGAGACCCAGGUUUGAGUGCACUCCCACUGCCCUCUGCCAUGCACAGAUUUGUGCCUAAUUUAUACAGCCCCCAGGUGUGGGCACAUCUCACUGGUAUAGCAGCUGUUGGGGGGAAUGGGCUCAAAACAGAGGGGCUUAAGUGACCUUCUGGGGAUAGCAAAGUCAGAAGCAGCAGUGAAGGAAAACACACGUCUACUGCUGUUCACCCUCUGUGUGCAUUGAGAAGUAGAACAUCUGGUUAUAGAUAAUGAAGGUGUUUGGUGGACUUGGGCCACCUUCUGGACAUGCUUGAGCUCCCUGCCUUGGUAACAGAGAUCAGAACACAGCGUGGUGAUGACCCUAUUCAAGCAAACCCUUGAUAAACUGGUGUGAAGAGUAGCCUGGUGAUUCCCCAGCACUGGGCCAAGCUUAAUGGUGCUGGUGACCAAAGUGGCUCUGCUUAGGUGUUGCUUCAGGGAUCUGCUGGUUUGUGAGGUAACAGAAAUAAAUUCCAUCUUGGCAUUCUAGCCGUGGGUUUGUGAUUGUUGUUGUGACUGUGUCAGCUCACACAGUGACUCAGAAACUUUCUGAGUCUCUCAUUACAACUACAGAAUUUUAUUAUGUGGUGUAAUUAGGUUUGGAAGCACUGUGCCUCAGUCUGACAGGGCUUAGGGCUUUCCUCUUGUUCAGCUCUUCAGCACUCUUCAAAAUCAUCAGCAGGCUUAGGGGAGAAGGUUAAAUGCAGGACAGACAGAGGGUGUGUGUGUAUCAUAUAAGAGCAGCUGGAAGUUUCCCCUUCAAUACGAGAAGCUAUGGACCUAACCAUUUCAGAAGAGGGUUUGGACAGCAGCAAUUCAAUCGGAGACAAUUCAGGAAUGCUUUACCUGGUCGCAAGAGAAGAGCAGCUGCUGCAUUUGAUGGAGUGAGUCCUUUAAAUCGCCAAGCAUCAGCUCAGGAGGGCACCAAGAAGAGCAAUACUUUUGCCGAAAGCAGCAGUGGGCAGCAGGAGGAACAGCCACAGCCAUCUCCAGGCACCAAGAGAUUCAGAGCAGAUGCUGCCAGCAUCUGCACCCCAGAGAGAAGCAGGCCUUUCCUGCUGAACAGGGGAUCGGCGUUCCAGCAGAAGCGGGUGCAGCAGUGGCUCUCCAAAGCCCGCUUCCAGAGAGGGCAGAUUGAUUCUCAAGGAGAAGGGAAACCACCAAGGAUGAGAAGGUGGCAAGUGAAACCGAGCCCAGGAGCAAUUCUGACUGUUUCUGUGGUUAAUCCCCAGGCAGGCCAGCCCAGCCCGCCUGGAUCCAAGCGCCCAUUCCAGCGAAGCCAGAGACCCCCAGCACGGGUGGCCAAGCCCCAGCCCAAGGGGGUGCUGCUGAGAUUCAACUUCCGCGCCAUGGCCAACCAGACCAGCCUGACGCUGGAUGAGAGGUUCUCUAGUCUGAGGAAUAAGAGGCGCUUUACAGCAGCCAGGAGCGCCGGACGGACAGUCACCAUGCCAUAGGACCGCGUGCUCGUCAUAGGGACUGCAUGUGACAGUCCAGGCUCCAUGACGAGGCCUCAAUAAAAGUCGCUAGAUUCCCUUUGAGAUAGCUGAUUUGGCAAUGUGCUGUCUCCUUCGUUACACACAGAGUAAAUGAGUGAUUGAGGGCAGGGAUCAGGCAGGAUGAGAGUUUGGGCCAGAGGGACAUUGGCAAGGUAGUGGAGGGGGAUGGGCGGAGAUGGAUUUACAGGGAGAGUUCUGCUGGAAAGCUGUAGGGCUGGCACCAGUUGUGUCCCCCUUCCAGGGCACCCUGUGCUGACUAUGGUGAUGGCUGAUAGUGGGAGGGUGUACCAUGGAGCCUUCCCUACAUUGCUUGGUGGGUAGGAGGGUUUGAUGAUGUGUCCAUGUCCUUUCCUGUCUCCAUGUCUCCACAUGGGAGACAGGAAAGUGGAGAUGCUGCAGCUGCCCACAGCCACCAGCAUCCAUCUAAUUGCCCAACUUGUGCUUACAGGCAUCCCUGCCCAGAGGUUUGCAGUGUAAGACCACUCGACCCUGAAAACUUGUUGCUUUGCCCUGGCAAUCAGGCCUGCGCACUUUUCAUUUCUCUGUGGAUUGCUAUGCUGUUCUGACUGCUGCUACAGGGAUAGGGUGAGACAUGCCAUGCCGUGCUGCUGGAGUCACUGUCCACAGCAUGGAGCAAGACAGGCUGCCCCAGCCCAGAUCACAUUUUCCAGUGCUGAGUAGAUCUGCAUUAGAGUUUUUGUAGUUGCAGCUCCACCUGUGCUCAAAGCAACAGCAUAGUCAAACCAGCAGCAGCACUCUGAUAAACAUUGGGUGAGAUGUUAAUGAGCUGGGUUUAGAUGUUUGUUACUGAAGCCCUGCAUCAGCCCUGAGUAACUCCUCCAUUCUCCAUCCACUGCUGGAACCCAGCACUGAGCAUGCUGGACACAGCCUGUUACUGGGCUCUAAGCUACACUUAUAACAGGAAAUACUUGAUAGACUGCUUUACAUUUUACACCAAACAUCUUUAACAAGAGACUGGACUUGGCAUUCGUUUUAUAAGAAUGUGUGAAAUGUUAGUUGAAGAAGCAAUGCUGUAUGAGUCCAGUGCGGUGAAUAAAAAACAUAACUUGUCAAAUA